UAUCAUAAUCAUCUUCUUCUAUAUAAGGUCCUUUUUGGAGUGAUGCAAUUGUAAGUAGGCACUGUUGUCUGUUAUAACGAAUAUGGGUAUGAAGACUCCCAUGAUAAACUCAGCAGCCGAGAAAAUUGCCUACAACCAAGACCUUCUCACUCAAAUCCUCCUCAGAUUACCCACCAAAUCUCUCAUCAAAUUCAAGUCCGUUUCAAAGCUAUGGCGGUUCAUCAUUUCGGACCCUGACUUCUGUCUAUCCCACACCCGCCAUCACCACCGCAAUGGAUUCCUCUCCCCCACCGCUCUUCUCCUCAAAGGUGACCGUUUCUGCCCUCCCUCCGAGUUCUCCAUUGUCCCUCUCAAGCAUUACAGUAAAGUCCCUUUCUUUCAUUACAUCCCUGAUUCUCAUGUCAAGAUUCUUCAAUCUUGCAAUGGGUUGCUCCUUUGUGAAUCCUAUAGACAAAGUUACUUGAUUUGCAAUCCCACUACGAAAAAAUUCAGGAGGAUAUAUUGUCCGAGUAACUCAGCUUAUAAUUUCAUUUCUAAAUGCUUUGUUAGUUUCGCUUUUGAUCCUUUAACAUCACCUGAUUACAAGAUUAUUUGCAUCUGGGAAAGUUAUAGGGAGCCUUGUAAGUUUAAUCUCGACUUAUAUUCAUCAAAAACUGGUUCAUGGGAUUUGUGUAUAGUCAGUUUUGAGGUAGAUGAGGAUGAGCAGGAAAUAGAGCUGAAUAAUGGGGUUUUCUGUAAUGGGAGGAUACAUUGGUGUGGAUAUGGAGAGGAAUCCUUGUAUUUUGAUGUGGAGAAGGAAUGUUUAGAAACAAUGCCGAUGGCGUUACCGAGCCGAAUGGAUGCGCCUGAGACAUGUCGAUAUUUCUCGGAGUCGAGAGGAGUUUUGUAUGUUGCAGUGACGUAUUGUAUAGCAGUUUGUUUAGAAUUCGAUGUAUUUGAAAUGGCGAGAGACUGUUCUGAAUGGAAUUGGAAGAAACGGGUGAAUGUGGGUGAUGCGGUGAAAGCUUUCCCUGAGUUAGAAUUAGGAUGUAUCGAGUACUAUCCCGGAUUCUCGGGUGUGUAUAUUAUUGGAUCCGAGAAACAAGAAGAGCCAAUGGUAGUGGUUUGGGCGGAUGGUAAAAUAAUUAGCUUUGAUUUCAGACAAGGGGCAUGGAAAAUGCUAUAUGAUCUGGGACCAGGUAUAAAAAUUGGGUCCCUAUAUUUAGGGGAGGAUGAUCAUUUGCAUUAUGAACAAUUUCAUGCUUAUCAAUACUUCGAGAAUCUCUCUUGUUUAUAAUGGAUGUCUUUACCUCUGCUGACACAGAUCUUCCCCACCCACCCUAAUGUCGCAAGUGGAAUAAACAUUUCAAUUUUGAUGAAAUGUAAAAUUUGCGAUACUGAAGGAGGAUAACAUUGAUCGAGAACACAAUUAAGGUAGAUAAUAGCUAAAUCAACUCAAUUUCAAAUGUAGUUAUUGAUGCUUGCAACUAUGGAGGAAAGGUGGAGAUCGGAUAACCUUGUCUUCAACAUUUCCAACGAUGAAGCAAUCAUGUUUAAAGAUGUUGCCUUAGUCAUGAGCCUUCCAACUGGAGUAGUUACAAUGGAUUGGUCUUCAAUUGAUCUUGAAGAUGUAAUGGUGAUGUUAUUUAAAAAUUAUGUGAUGAAUGAGGAUGAUAUAAACGAGGAUCGAGUGAAGAUCACCUAGUUAAUUGAUGAGUUGCUAGCAUACAAUGUGACCUAUAAUAAGUUCGAUAAAUAUGUUAAAGCGUAUAUAUUGUACAUCAUCAACAGAUGCUAAUGUUAGAUAAGUUUGGCAA